AUGGGUUUUGCUUUUUCAGCCAAAGGGGAAUUCUUUACACCCUGCGAACCACAGAAAACGUAUGUAAGUGGUCUGAGCAACCAAAGAUGCGUUCAGCAGCGAACACCGCGUUUCCUCUUUAGGAGAGGGGGCUGCUGUCGCAGUUGCCGUCGCUGCUGCAACGUGCAGCCACUGCAGCGGCGACUCGUGAGCCGCUUGGAGGAAAAAAGACCCACUGAAGAAAAAUCUGAUGCACACGGACCGAAUCCUCUCAAAUCAGGCUCUCCGUUGUCGUUUGGGACCUUCUUGAAGAGCCGGUUCCAGGAGUUCCGACGCUUCUUGGCUGAACCCGUGCGAAUCUCCGUUCCCAAACCGCUUUUGAUCAUAGUCGGCGUUGUGGGUAGCAUCUUCGUGAUCGCUUUCGUAUCCUAUGCUCCGGACUGGAAAACCGAGUCGAAAAUCCGUGAAAAGGUAGCUUUAUUCGACUUUAUCCUCACGGAUAUUGUGCACGGCUACGUGGACCCCGUUGAUACUGACCAACUUUUCGAGGCCGGAGUCGAUGGGAUGCUUGGCUCUCUUGAUCCUUAUACCCAGUUUGAGGGAAAUAUUGCUGCUAGGGAAAUGCAACUCAAAACCUCCGGACGAUACGGCGGUGUGGGGCUUGGUAUCGCACAAAGCAUUUUGCAACCCGAAGAGACAGUGGUGCUGAACGCUUUCGAAGGCUAUGCUUUCGACCGCGGUGUCCGAGCCGGCGACGUCAUUGUGGAAGUUGACGGCACACCGGUACGCGGUAUGCCACUGGACAAAGUAACGGAGCUUUUGCGUGGCGAGCCCGGUACGCUGGUGCGCGUGCGCCUCGCCCGGGAAACGCGAGCACCCGACGGCAGUCGACGUCUCUUUGACGUGGUGCUCCCGCGUCGCCUCGUUACCAUCCAUGAUGUGCCGCUCUACGGUAUGAUUAGAAGCUACGAUGGAGUCGGUUACAUUCGGCUGCAGUCGUUUGCAACGAAUGCAGGUCGGGAACUGCGAGCUGCUAUUGAUAACAUGGUUCGAACGGGUCGAUUGAAGGCCCUCGUACUGGAUCUACGCAAUAACCCCGGCGGCUUGUUGGACGCUGCCGUGGAAACCGCAGAGGCGCUUGUUCCCAAAGAUUCAGCUAUUGUGAGCACCAAAGGCCGCGCGCUCGGAGAGACCGUCUUCAUGAGUGAUCGGGAGCCGUCCUUGCCGGCGGAUGUUCGACUCGUGGUGCUCACGAACGAGCAGACUGCCUCUGCAGCGGAGAUCGUCGCUGGUGCUGUUCAAGACCUCGAUCGCGGCGUUAUUGUCGGAACGCGCACUUUCGGCAAGGGUCUCGUUCAGAAUGUGGAGCCUUUACCCUAUAACACCGCGCUCAAGUAUACGGUUGGCAAAUAUUAUACACCAUCGGGACGCUGUAUCCAGUCCGUGAACUACAAAGAGGGAAGCGCGCUGACAGCCGCGCUGCCGGAAGCCGAGAGCGGUCGACCUUUUCUGGAUCCUUCGGGGACGUUGGUACCGGCGUUACCGCCAGCAAACGGAGCAGCGCGCUACCUGUCAACGAAAGUUCCCGAGUCGGAGCGCAAAACCUUUCGCACACUGCAUGGACGCAUCGUUCGUGACGGUGGUGGCAUUGAGCCCGACAUGGAAUCCACUGUAACGAAACCGAGUGAGCUGGAGCUGCAGUUAUUAGAGGGGGGCAAGUUUUUCUUUUUUGCAAAUCGGUACGCUGCAGGCAUAUCAAGCCUCCCCGAGGACUUCGAGGUCGACGACAAGCUGUACAAGGAGUUCCAGCGAUACGUUCUCGAAGAUGCUAGCAAAUGGCGAGAGCACACCCGAUUUGAGCCAGGUUUGAAGCUGUUCACGAGCACUUUUGCAGAGGCAGGCUACAAGAAUGCUGAAAAGGAACUAGAACAUCUGCGAGAGACCAUUGUCACUGAACUCAAGCAGGACUUUGAACGGCACGCCGAUGCCAUUCGGCAGCGAUUGGAGGAUGCCAUUCGACAGCGCUUUGAGCCAGAGAGCCGCCGACUCUCUGCAGCCCUUCGGUACGACAAGGUACUUCAGGAUGCAUUGCGGCUUUUGACGGAGAAACAAGGCGAAGCGUAUGAGCGUCUGCUGCAACCAGCAGCCGAGACUGCACAAACCUGA